CUAGUGCAAGGUCAUGUGUUUGUGACGACACUAUUGUCGGUCGCGACCUUUGCAGCCCAUACCUAAGUUGUGACCGCAGGCAGCCGCGGCUGGCCACCACAUAUUCCGUUUGAUCGCAUACGCAAUGAGGUGGAACAGAUAACGAGUUGGUGGCGUAACUUGUAAUCGCAGUGGCGGUGUGGUCGCUCGCUGCGCCCGCGCCACUCUGCCACCGCAGCCGGACAGACGCGGACGUUCGCGCCACUUUUUGACACCUGUCAAAUUGAUCGUACUUUGCAAUCGCGAGUGUUUCUAUUGACAUUUCCUUGUAUCUCAGUUAUCUGUGACACCAAGUUUAUUGUUUAUUUGGAGUCUGUCGGUAAUCGUGCAAAAUGAACCACAUGGAUCAUAUGGACCACAUGGACCACAGCCAGCACCCCGGCCACGAUGGACACGAGGGCCACGAUAUGCACGACGACCCCUGCGCACACGCAGGCCACGGCCACGCCAUGGUGUUCCACGCGGGCGUGUGCCAGGAGAUCCUGUUCAGCGGCUGGAUGACGACCAACGCGCUGGAGCUGUUCGGGUCAGCAGUGGCCAUCUUCUUCGCUGGUGUACUCUACGAAGGCCUUAAAUACUUCCGCGAGGCCUUGCACGCGAGAGCCUCGUCCUCCACCGGUGACUCCAGGGUCAACAUUACCAAGAGCGAGUGUGGAGCCAAUGGACCUUGCGGUGGAACUGCUGUUGUCAAAUACACGAUGUUCUCGUCAGGCCACGUGAUACAGACGUUGCUGCACUUCCUGCAGUCGACCGCCUCCUACACGCUGAUGCUGGUGUUCAUGACGUACAACGUUUGGCUGUGCAUCGCGCUCGUGCUGGGCCUGGCUGUCGGAUACUUCUUCUUCGGCUGGCGAAAGAACACCGUCGUGGACGUCAAUGAACAUUGUCAAUGAUGCUCAACACUUUGGAAUGGCUUCAGACCCUCAGUUUACAUUCGAAAAUAUUGUAGCGUACCAGCUAGGCGCCACCUUCGUCACGCGUUAAAUCGCGCGGUUAAUUUAGUUUUAAACUUGGAACGACAUAGGAUGCGACUAAGUCGCAAACGUGUGGUCACGCUUUGUAUUGGUCUGUGCUUACUUUAUAUAAGUACAUAUUACUUCUUCUUAAGUUCAAAUCAUUAGUUCGCUGUCACGAGGACUUUUAGAGGUGGUCGCUAACAGAAACAUUAGAAAUGUUUAAGUACCAACAACUAAAUGCACGAAUCGUUUGAUUAAACAUUCUAUUUCUUACUUUUUUUCUAAUCUGACAAAUUGAUAGUGGUUGGCUAUUCGGCUAUUAAACAAUGAACUAGAGUACAUACCCAAACUAGCUGGGCCGAAAACAAUAAAUGAGGGAUAAUCAUGUCUGCCAUUAAAGUUUUAUAAGAAAGUCUACAAAAGCCAUCCCAAUGAAAGUGAUUAACUAAUGACACCUAAUUGAUAUUGUAAUAUAUAUUUAUAAGUACCUACCGUACGUAUGUACCUAGGUAACGUGGGCAGGUACUGUCUCUGUAAAGGCUGUCUAUAUAUUCCAUUUUUGUAUUUGCAAUAUUAGUAACUAGUUAAGUUUUUAGUAUAGAUUAUUAAUGUAAGAUUGAAGUAGGUAAUAUAAUUCUAAGUAUAAAAAAGGUUGUUUCUGAAGAAAAUUACGAAAAUACUGUUUAUAUCAUUUUCAAUACUACCUAAACGAAAUGUACAUACAUUCUCACACAAUUGGAGAUUUUGAUUAAAAAUUCAGAACUAAUUUCAACACUAAAAAUCUACAAGCCGUCUAAAUACUACCUACCUUACACAGAUAUCCUACUUGUUUCUAAAUUAUUUGUAAGUAGAUGAUAAUGUGAUAUUCAGCUAUAAUAUAAUUGUUAACGUAUUAAUUAUAGUACUCGAAGAGAUUUUAAACUUACAACAUUCCUGGCUUUAUCGUGGAAUUGAUAAAUACCAAUAUCUUUUUAAAUAGAUAUCUAUUUAGUUUUAAGUAAGUAAACUGUUAAAAAGAACAUGAUGACAUGAAAAUAACUUUAAAUAUUUAAAUACAUGAUAUAUUAUAUUAUCUAUAACCUUCGAUUGUCAAUGGUCGACGAUUGGUAACACUGUAUUGUUUGGAACACCAUAGUCCUAAGAGAAUUUGGAGCAUAACAUUUGCUUUUACAGGCGUACCUAUUUACAUCUAUAUACUUUAUUACUUCAAACUGACAAUCAGAUCAAUAAUAAGGCUUUACCGCCUUUAGGAAUACAUAAAAAUUACUAUAACUAUGUGCACUAAAAGUAAAUUUUGAUGAGGAAGUGUUUAUACUCCUUAGAAAUUAGUUAUGCCAUCGUGUUCCUUAUGAGCAAAUGCAGCCAAUGUAUCUUCCCUGGUCGUAGUCUCCAUGUUGUGGCAGCUCCCCUGGCAAUCAGGGUGAUCGACUAAGUACAACAUAGCGUCCAUUCGGCAUAGAUACAAGUUUCCAUCGAAAAAAUUGUAUGUAUUUCAAAAAAAUAGCAAUUAGUAAUGGAUACAAUUAAGUUAUAUUAAGCACCAAUAGUUUCUUGCCAUGCCUGGAUAUCGUAUAAUAAAAACCUGUGUACAAUACAAC